UUUUUUUCUCUCAAUUUCAUCUCAAAACUGCACAACUGUUCCAAGACGAGAUCCAUUUCUAUUUCGCAUUGGUAUUUUAAUCGCGAGUGUAGUCUGAGGGGAAAGGGUGGAGUUUCCUGAUAUUGUAAUUUUAUUUUCGCUCUAAAAGUUCCAUUUGAACGAUUUUUUCUUAUCAGUCUGCAAAAAUCCUCCGCGGGUCUCUGUGCACGAACUGACUUUGGCAUGAAGGCUUGCAUGGGCAGAUAAACGACAUGGAAAUAUUUAACACCACUUUUUGAAUUCUUUUGUACUCGUACUUUUUUAUUUAAUUAAUUUUGCGUUCUAAACUGCAAUGAAAGUGUUUAGCUUUUGCCUGAAGUGGACGUUUAUCCUGCUGCUGAGUCUCUCUUUAUGUGUUGGUGAAGAAAGCCCAACUUCAUCAAACACUGUUAAUCCUUGUUGCUAUUACCCUUGUCAAAACCGAGGAAUUUGUGUUCGAUAUGGCCUGGACAGAUAUGAAUGUGACUGCACCAGAACAGGAUACUAUGGAGAAAAUUGCACUAUACCUGAGUUCUGGUCUCGAGUCUAUCACCUCCUGAAGCCCAGUCCUAAUGUUGUCCACUAUAUCCUAACCCACUUCGAAUGGCUAUGGGGCAUCAUCAACAGGACGUUCCUCAGGGAUUGGCUCAUGCACAAAGUGCUCACAGCAAGAGCCAACUUAAUCCCAAGUCCCCCGACAUACAAUUCGAAAUAUGACUACUUGAACUGGGAGGCGUAUUCCAACAUCACCUACUACACAAGGAUUCUGCCACCAGUCCCUCAGGACUGCCCCACACCAAUGGGAACCAAAGGGAAAAUGAUGCUUCCAGACCCCAAGCUUCUUGUAGAGAAGUUCAUGUUAAGACGGAAUUUCAGACCAGACCCUCAGGGAACAAAUUUAAUGUUCGCCUUUUUCGCUCAGCACUUCACGCACCAGUUUUUCAAGACUCACAACCGUGUGGGACUUGGGUUCACAAAAGGUCUGGGUCACGGGGUGGAUGCUGGACACAUUUAUGGAGAUACUCUUGAACGCCAGCUGGAUCUCAGACUGCACAAAGAUGGCAAAUUGAAGUACCAGGUUAUCAGUGGUGAGAUUUACCCCCCCACUGUGCAAGAUGCACAGGUCAAAAUGAGCUACCCCCCGUCUGUCCCUCCGGAGCAGCAGUUGGCCAUCGGGCAAGAGGUGUAUGGACUGCUACCAGGUCUCAGUAUGUACGCCACCUUGUGGCUGCGUGAGCACAACCGUGUGUGUGAUAUCCUGAAACAAGAACAUCCGACCUGGGGGGAUGAGCAGCUGUUUCAGACCGCCAGGCUCAUUAUUAUAGGCGAGACCAUUCGUAUUGUGAUCGAGGACUAUGUGCAGCAUCUGAGCGGUUACCGGCUGAAGCUCCGGUUUGAUCCCACGCUGCUGUUCACCUCACAGUUCCAGUACCAGAACCGCAUUGCUGUGGAGUUCAAUCAGCUUUACCACUGGCACCCACUCAUGCCUGAUAGCUUCCACAUCGAUGGAAAAGAGAUUCAGUACCCUCAGUUCAUAUUCAACACCUCUAUCCUCACCCACUUCGGGGUGGAGAAGUUGGUUGAGGCCUUCUCAACUCAACCAGCAGGACAGAUUGGAGGUGGUCAUAAUAUUCACCCAGUGGUGUGCAAAGUAGCUGAGGGGGUCAUCAUUGAAUCGAGGGAGCUUCGACUUCUGCCCUUCAAUGAGUAUCGCAAGAGAUUCAAUCUGAAACCCUACACAUCAUUCUCAGAAUUUACAGGAGAGGAGGAAAUGGCUAAAGAACUAGAGGAACUCUACGGUGAUAUUGAUGCUCUAGAGUUCUACCCAGCACUUAUGCUAGAGAAGACACGACCUGGUGCGAUAUUUGGCGAAAGCAUGGUGGAAAUGGGGGCCCCAUUUUCCCUAAAAGGCCUCAUGGGAAAUCCCAUUUGUUCCCCUGACUACUGGAAACCCAGUACAUUUGGGGGGCAGAAAGGAUUUGAUAUAGUAAACUCUGCUUCUUUGAAGAAACUGGUUUGUCUCAAUACAAAAUGGUGUCCGUAUGUAUCUUUCCAUACUCCUCCAUCAGAUUAUAAACAACAGAGGACAUCUCACGGUGAACUUUAGCACAGUGUUUUUCUGGAAUCUGUUUUAAAUCACAGACCACAAAUUUGAUCUUUAAUAACAGAUUCUUAAUUUUAUUCCAGUAAUUGGACAAAAUGAAUUAUCUUGUAAAUCAGAAACGAAUUAGUAAUAAGAGUUAUUAGAGAGUAGUUAUUUGUUACAAGGUGAUUGAAGAAUCAUUUUUCAUAAUACUACCAUAUAAUUAAUGCUUUUGCAUUAUGAAAUAAUGUUCAGAAAGAACACACAUGAGUAUUUUAUGGACUUAAUUGACGCUUUGCUAAGCCCCGUCUUAAAAACAUUACUGGCCAAUCUUACCGGAGCAACUGUUGCCAUUCGCCAACUUUUGUUCUUUUGUAAUACAACGCCAUAAUUCAUCCCCGCCCACUUAAUGAGCAUGUAUUACUGAAAAUCAUGCUAUUCACGAAAAUCCUUAUUCAUUUGAUGAAUUUUUUAUGGAAAGUUUGAAACCGUAACUAAGGGGGUGGAGCUUAAACGAAAGAUCAGUUAAAGGACAAGUUCGCAUAUUGGUGAUUCAAUAUUCUGGUAACACUUUACAAUAAGGUUUCAUUUGUUAAUACUAGUUAACAUAACGAUACUGUUAUUGUCUCUGUAAACUACAAAAACGCUAACUUUAACUAAUGGGACCUUAUUGUAAAGUGUUACCAGUAUGGUUUACUAUUUACUUUAUACAGUAAACAUGGGCAUUUAUUACUUUAUUUGUUAUUUACUUGAUUUAACCAUUAAAAAUGGCUUCUGGUGGUUUAUAACCUUAUAUUGCCAGGUUGAUUCCGUCACAUUAAAACAUUUUUUACUUGAAUAAAAUCAGAACAUUAAUACAUUACAUUGUGCAAAUGACUUUGAGGGGCUGUUUACAAGAAAAACAAAAAACGUUUUAAGCGUUUUGGCCGUUAUUGUCUCCGUGUAAACUACAGAAACGCAAAUUUGAGAAAACUGACUUCAUGCGCAUAGUUUUCUUUACAAAGCAACAUUGCCAACUACUAGCCUGGCAUGCAUAAUAUAGCCUUUUUAGUCAUUUUCGCAGAUCCAUGUGAGUGGGGAUCAUUUUGACAAUGUUGUAGUCUGUACAAACGACAAACUUUUCCAUUUUUAGUAUAUCGUUGUAGUGUAAACGUACCCUACGGGCACCUGUGUUGCCAAACAUCCAUCCAUCUAUUUUCCAAACCACUUGUCCUAUGUAGGGUCGGUGGAGUCUAUCCCAGGGAAACACCCUGGAUGAAUGGAUGGCCAGUCCAUCGCAGGCCAAAAAAACAUUCAGCUUUAAUAAAAAAUUUAAAAAAAAACAUCAAUUGUAUUUGCUGCCUCAUGGUUUGUUCUGUUAAGUAAAUUGACUGUCUAAUGCACUGUAUAGCUUUUUAAAAAGUCAUUUGGCAUUGAACUUUGGAUCUGUGACAGGCCAGUUUUUUUUUUUUUUUUUUUUUCAGUGUUUACUGUUGUAUUAAUUUCUGUUCCUUGAUAGAAAUGAAUGUAACCUUAUAAUAUUCCUGUCCUUCCAAGCAAAAGACGAGCAUCUGUAGCAUCAUUACUAUGAGAUUUUUCUGCAAUAUGAUUUUGUUUGUCAAAGAGAACUUUAUCUGUAUGCCUGAUCACUGUUAUAAGCCGUUUACUGAAAUAAAACAAAAUCUAUUUUACAACAA